CGCGGCAUGGGCAGCCGCGGGGUCCUGCGAUGAGCGCUCCCCCGGCGGCUUUCCCCCGAGCGAAUAUGGGCACAGCCGUGUCCAAAAGGAAGACGCUGAGGAACGAGGCCAUGUCGUCGGUGGCGGCUAAAGUGAGAGCAGCAAGGGCUUUUGGAGAAUACCUUUCACAGAACCAUCCUGAAGGUAGAAAUGGCUCAGAUCACCUGCUAGCAGACUCCUACAUGGGCCAGGAGGACUCCCCGGAGAUGCAGCAGGCGGCACAGAACAAGCGCCGUCUCUCCGUCAUCUCGGACGGGAAAUUCGAGAGGAGCUUCUCUGAGGAGCAGACAGAGAAGAUGCCGAGCGAGGGCCCCAAGCCUCGGGUCUACACCAUCUCUGGGGAGAGGCCGAUGCUCUCGGACCAUGAGAACGAAAGUAUGGAACUGGUGGUGAUGAAGGGAGCUGCCCCGGAGGAAUGUCACCACAGCCAGCACGGCGCAGGCGGCUCUCACGGCACCGGCAGGCACUGCAGGGGCUGGCAGGGCAGCAGACCCAGCUCCAAGGAGUGCCCAAACUGCACCCGCCUGGCUGCCCCUUCCCAACAGUCCUUUGACCUGGAGCAGCAGCAAUCCGGAGAGACUGGGUGGCACAGGAAAAGGCUGGAGAGGAUGUACAGUGUGGAUCGAGUGUCUGAUGAUGUCCCCAUACGAACCUGGUUCCCAAAAGAGAACCUCUUCAGUUUUCAAACUGCUACUACAACUAUGCAAGCGAAUUUUCGGAAGCACCUCCGCAUGGUGGGGAGCCGGAGGGUGAAAGCACAAACAUUUGCCGAACGGCGUGAGAGGAGCUUCAGCAGGUCCUGGAGUGACCCGACUCCCAUCAAAGCUGAUUCCCUCCAUGACUCUCGAGAAAGCCAUGACCUUCAGGAUUCCUGUGGCACUUUGGAUGGAGACUUUGACUUGAACUGGGAAGCAGAAAAGGAACUUGAAGCCAUGGCGUGUGAUGGAGAAGACUUUAUUCCACCAAAAAUAAUGCUCAUUUCCUCCAAGGUGCCCAAAGCAGAGUAUGUCCCAACAAUUAUCCGCAGGGACGACCCCUCUAUCAUCCCCAUCCUCUACGACCAUGAACACGCCACCUUUGAUGACAUCCUGGAGGAAAUAGAGAAGAAGCUCAACAUCUAUCGGAAAGGCUGCAAAAUCUGGAAGAUGCUGAUAUUUUGCCAGGGGGGUCCUGGUCACUUAUACCUGCUAAAGAACAAAGUUGCCACUUUUGCCAAAGUGGAGAAGGAAGAAGAUCUGAUCCUCUUCUGGAAGAGGCUGAGCCGGCUGAUGAGUAAAGUCAAUCCUGAACCAAAUAUCAUCCACAUCAUGGGCUGCUAUGUUCUUGGAAACCCCAAUGGGGAGAAGCUAUUUCAGAAUCUGAAAAACUUAAUGAAUCCUUAUAGGGUUGCCUUUGAGUCUCCACUUGAACUAUCAGCUCAAGGUAAGCAAAUGAUUGAGACUUACUUUGACUUUCGCCUUUACCGCCUCUGGAAGACCCGGCAGCACUCCAAGCUCCUGGAUUACGAUGACAUUUUAUGAGCUGGGGAAGACUUUGGAAGAGGAAGCUGAUCACCCGUGUCCAAGAAGUCGUGCUGAUUGCAGAGAGACUUUUUUAUUGGCACAGAGAGUCCUUCACAGCCCAACGGGAGGCAGCAGUGCUAAAGGGAGGGAGGAAGGAGCCCUCGGGAGUGUGUGGAGAGGAGAAGGGUGAAGAGAGACUGGAGGGGAAGGUUGGAGACCUCACACGCCUCGGGUCAGAGCCAGGGUGUCCCAGGAGGAGCUGUGAGAAACAAGGACAGGAUGGAUGGAGUUCCUUGCAGAACUGAGCUGUUUUGGGUCAGAAUGGGCCAGAUUUGAUUCCGGGUCCUUUUAAAGACUUUUGAAGCUCAGGUUUUCUUACAAAAUAAUAAACCCAGUUAACCCGUGCACUACGAUGAAGAAGUGACCAGAGCACAGAGGAAGAGGAGGGGUUGGUACUGUGGAACCUUCUGUGCUGGGGAUUUUGGAGAGCAAGGACUGCUACACCUACUCCUGCAAGCUUAGAUCACAAGGAUCCAGUUUCAAUGUGAAUAUAUACUGGAACAUAGAA